CACCUGGGGCGUAGGGCAAGCAGGCCGCCCGCGGGAGGGGGCGUGAGCGGGGCGGGGCCGGAACGUCUUUCUCCCGCUCCGGGGCCGGGGCGGGCACAGUUACCCGCCGCACCGACCAUGGCCGCAGCCGCGCUGGGGCAGAUUUGGGCCCGAAAACUCCUCCCUGCCUCUUGGCUUCUGUGUGGCCCCAGAAGAUAUGCCUCAUCCAACUUCAAGGCUGCAGACCUGCAGCUGGAACUGACGCGGGAGCCUCAUCAGAAGCCAGACCCCAGCAAGCCCCUGGUGUUUGGGAAGAUAUUCACUGACCACAUGCUGAUGGUGGAAUGGAAAGAGGAGAAGGGCUGGAGCCAGCCCCGUAUCCAGCCCUUCCAGAACCUCACGCUGCACCCCGCCUGCUCUGGCCUCCACUACUCGAUGCAGCUCUUCGAGGGCAUGAAGGCGUUCAAAGGCAGCGACCAGCGCGUGCGCCUCUUCCGACCCUGGCUCAACAUGGACCGGAUGCUGCGCUCAGCCCUGCGCCUCUGCCUGCCGAGUUUUGACAAGGUCGAGUUGCUCGAGUGUAUCCGCCGGCUGGUGGAAGUGGACAAAGACUGGGUCCCUGAGGGCAACAACACCAGCCUCUACGUCCGGCCUGUGCUCAUCGGGAAUGAGCCCUCACUAGGCGUCUCCCAUUCCUCGCAAGCACUUCUGUUUGUCAUUCUCUGCCCCGUGGGUGCAUACUUCCCUGGAGACGCCGUGGACCCCGUCUCCCUCCUGGCUGACCCAGCCUUCAUCCGGGCCUGGAUGGGUGGGGUUGGUGACUACAAGCUGGGGGGAAAUUACGGGCCCACCGUGUUGGUGCAGCAGGAGGCGAAAAAGAGGGGCUGUGAGCAGGUGCUCUGGCUCUAUGGGCCUGACCAGCAGCUCACCGAGGUGGGCACCAUGAACAUCUUCAUCUACUGGACCCACGAGGACGGGGUGCUGGAACUGGUGACCCCCUCGCUGGACGGUGUCAUCCUGCCUGGAGUGGUCAGACAGAGCCUGCUGGACCUGGCUAGGACCUGGGGUGAGUUCCGGGUAGCGGAGCGGAAGAUCACCAUGAAGGAGUUGUUGCGGGCGCUGGAGGAGGGGCGGGUCCGGGAAGUCUUCGGCUCAGGCACCGCUUGCCAGGUCUGCCCUGUACACCAAAUCCUAUACCAAGGCAAGCACUUGCACAUUCCCACCAUGGAAAACGGGCCUGAGCUUAUCCUCCGCUUCCUGAAGGAGCUGAAGGCGAUCCAGUACGGAGCAGGACCUCACGAGUGGAUGCUCCCAGUGUGACGCUAAAGACUUGGCCCUCCCUCUCCUCGGACCCACCCAUCCACGGCAUCUAGUCCUCGCCGGACCCUCGCCUCCCUACCUAUGACUCACCUGAAGUGCAAUAUGAAAUAAAAGGCCGGGGGCUGCCGGGACGCCUGGGUCUCUGGCGCCCCCACGUGGUCUCUACACUCCCAAAGCCAUAAGGGCCGGACCCAGGCGUCCGGGCCCCCAGCCCCGCCUCUUAAGACCUUGGGGGAUCUGGGCUCCCCGCUGCUCCGUGUUGUGGGGUCAAAGAUACACUUUGGCCCUGACUCCGCAUCUCUCCGUUCUCAGGCCGGAUCUCCCCGUGCUGCUGUUGAUUUUUUUUUUUCUCUCGCUGCAAUUUUGAAAUAAAUGCCAAAGAACAAGCC